AUGAGUAAGAUGAAACUUCUUGAUUCCGAUGAUGAUGAUGAGGACGUCGGGGAAACAUCCAACUCACUGGAAAUCAACAAGAACUAUGCUGAACGUUACGAUAAUUGGAGGAGACUAGAAGAACUACAAAAGAUCAAGGACAAAUACGGCGAUAAUCUCGAUGACACAUCUUCGAGUGAAGAAGAGCCUGAGUGGAGUGCUGCAGAUGAAAUGCAAUUUCUGAAAACUCUCAGUGCUUUGAAGGAUAACGAUAGUGCUAUCUAUGAUGGAACGUCCUCGUUUUGGCACGAUAGUGGUGGAGACGAAGCAAAUGAGCGGGAGAAAGCGAAAAAGAAGGAUCGAAAACCGAAGCCGAUGUACCUCAAAGAUUACGAGCGGAAACUGAUCCUAGAGAAAGGAGGUCAAAUAGACGAGAGCGACGAGGAAGAUGAACAGAAAGGCUCAAAUUAUUUUGAACAACAAGAACAGAUACGGAACGAACUGCGUCGAGUGGUUGAAAGUAAUGACGAUGGCAACGUUUCUGAUGAAUCGGACGAUUUGCUCGUUCCCAAAGUGAAAACCAAGGAGGAGAAGGAAGCAGAAGACAACGAUUUUUAUUCCUGGAUGAAAUCACAGGACUCACAGGAAGUUAGUGAUGACGAUAGUCUGAAAGGACUCAAAAAGGCUUGGAAGGAUCCAAAUAUUGAUGAAGGGGAAAAGUUUUUGCGUGACUAUAUCCUGAAUAAAGAUUUCAUUCCUGAAGCUGAAGACAAAGCUGUGACAGUUGACGACCUCCAGGAAAUAGAAGAAGAUGAGAAAAUGCUUGACAUGCAACGGAAUUUCGAACAGAAAUACAAUUUCCGCUUUGAAGAUCCGGAUCAGGAGUUUAUUAAACAAUAUCCUAGAACCGUAGGGGAUUCCCUAAGACAGAGCAAUACUAAAAGGAAAACGAAAAGAGAGGAGUACAAAGAAAGAAAGGAAAGGGAAAAGAACGAGCGUAAGCAGGAGAUACGGGAGUUGAAGAAUAUGAAAAAAGCUGAAAUUGAGAAGAAGCUAGACCGAUUAAAAAAGAUGGCUGGUGAUGAUAUUCCCAUUAAUAUUGACGAUAUCACGGGUGAUUUUGAUCCUCGCGAAUAUGAUAAGAGAAUGGAGCAAAUUUUUAAUGAAGAGUACUAUGGUAAAGAUGACUCAGUUCAUGAACAAGAUGCGGAGAAACCUGUCUUCAGUGAUAUUGAUAGUGAUGUUGAAAGUGAUAGUAGUGAUUAUGACAAUUUUCCCAUCGGAACUAUCUCUGACGACGUUUCAUCAGCAAAAAACGAUGAGCAAGGCCAAGAGAAAAAUGAAGGCGUAAGCGAUGAGAUAACCCGAAGUAGCGGAAAACCUGCAAAGUCCGAAGAGAAAUUUCCAGAAUCUCGUCGCAAAAUGAAACGUAACAGUAAAUUUCGUGAAGCUGUUCGAAGGAAAAAACCGCUCUUUGAUCCCAAUGAGAAGACCUUUGAAGAAUAUUUCAAUGAAUAUUAUGCUCUCAACUACGAGGAUAUUAUCGGAGAUCAUCUUACUCGCUUCAAAUACAGGCAGGUUGUGCCGAAUGACUUUGGCCUAUCGGUGGGCGAAAUCUUGUCAGCAGACGAUCGGCAACUAAAUGCAUGGGCUUCGCUCAAAAAAGCAACUGGUUACCGAAGUGAGCACGAGGAACUUGUUGAUGUGAAUCGAUUUAAGAAAAAGGCGGCUGAUGUGAAGAAAAAGCAGCGCAUUUUUUCCACUGAUUUUGGAGGAAAAAAGUCUAAGAAGUCGGAAAGUCAAGCCUGCAGAAAGCGAGGUGCUAGCCAGCACCAGUGA